ACUCACCAGCUGCGUCGGCCAUCAUUCACUUGUGGCAGUCGGAUGGAUACCUUCCGUCAUUCCAAAAGCCGAUGUCGUCGUUCCAAAAGCAAUCACCGAUGUUGUUUCAACCCUAGAUUCCGUGGUACUGAGGUGAAACCUGCUUCCGUUUCUGCGUCCUCGAGUUCUUCGGCUUCCAGUUCUAAUGGCAACAGAAAGCGGUCUUCCUCAUCCGGUAGGACGUCAUCUGGAUAUGGCUGUUCCGAUCCUAAGCGAUCCCGUGUCCAAGUUGACUCGAAAAGGCGGAGACGUAGCUCUCAUGUAUCACAUCCUAAGUCGAACCUCGCGGUCGGCGCAAGUAAGACGGUUCACGUUUCCGAACGGCAGGCUCGGUCACGAGGCAGUCGCAACGAUGCUGCUCUACCUGGCAUCGACCGUAGUUAUGACAACUUACCUUCCAAUACCGUUCGUGCCCUGACAAACCGCCGUCGUAGUCGAAGUGGCUAUCGUUCUCGAGAGCCCUCCCUACAUGGUCAGAUCCGUAACGGGCACCACCUUACUCCACCUAAACGGUCCGAGCGGGUUGAUGGCGGCCGGGAAAAACGGGAAAGGAGGGAUGAGAAAAGACGCAAUGAGAGGGCACGCCGGAAGCUGAGCCAUGAGGGUCACAAACGCAAGCCAUCACCUGUCGUUGCCGUCGGAGAUGUCAUCAAGCGCCGUUAUCGUGUACAGAAGAUUAUAGGAGAGGGUAGCUAUGGGCAAGUCUUUGAAUGUUUUGAUCUGUGCACUAACUCCCUCACGGCGGUGAAAGCAUUGAAGCCACAGAGUGACUAUAAAGAUGUGGCUAGACAUGAAUUAAAUGUCCUAGAGACUAUCUCAAGAAUAGACUCCAACAGCUGUUGUCAUUGCAUUAACUCGCUUGAUUUUUUUGAUUGGCACAGUCAUUUUUUCCUUGUUUUCCCCUUGCUCGGACCAAGCAUCUUUUCCUUCCUUGAACAAAAUAAUUAUGAACCGUACCCCAUUCACCACGUGGCGUCCAUCACUCGGCAAAUUUGCGAGGCGGUUGAUUUUCUCCACCACGCUGGCAUCACUCACACUGAUCUAAAACCGGAGAAUGUUCUGUUCGUAGAUGGAUCAUACGACGAAGUACCUAGCAGCACGCGUCGUCGAAGCGUCAUGCAUAUCAGAGAUCCAUCGAUAAAAAUAAUUGAUUUUGGAUCUGCGGCUUUUGAUGGUGAUCACCACUCCACUACCAUCCAGACACGGCACUAUCGCGCACCUGAGGUGGUGAUGGAGCUUGGUUGGGACUGCUCAGCCGAUGUUUGGUCUGUUGGGUGCAUGUUGUUCGAGCUUGUUACCGGCCAGUGUCUCUUCAUGACGCAUGACAACCUCGAACAUUUGGCUAUGAUGGAACGAGUGUUAGGUCCCAUCCCAAAGUCGAUGAUCAGAGCCUCUAGGCGCCGUAGAUACUUCCGCCACGGCCGUCUCGAUUGGCCUGAUGAUACGUCAGAUGCACGUCACGUUCGCAAAACCCUCAAGCCACUUGGCGAGUAUUGGUUUUCCUAUUCGGACAUGUACACACGUUUAGCUUUUGAUCUUAUUCGAGAGAUGCUCUCAUUUAUUCCACCCUCUCGUAUCACUUGUUCUCGUGCCCUUGAACAUCCGUUUAUGCUGUCCUUUGACAAUUAACUUGUAGAGUGUUUUACUCAUGUACAGAUUAUCUUUUUACCGCUUUUGUCUUGUGAUGUUCUCGGAUGAGGAUCGGUCCGUCUAAGUCCUUGGCCGGCUAGGCCAUUAAGGUCACCAGACGAGUUGAAUGCUUUUAAUGUUGAAAAACCGGCGCGUCUCCCCCCUGAAGCUAGUCUGUUGACCAAAUUUGUUUUCGUCCUGCAUCCUGAUUAUCGUUCAGUUAAUUUUUUCAAAGUUGCGUCCGCGGUCACAUCGUGCAACUGUCUUAUCGUCGCACAUUGCUAUACGAGUCGUAUUUGAAAAGUGAUUCGCACCAGCCGUUUAUAAAUAACACUACCCAGUUCGAUUGUUCGCGUUUAGCAUUCGGUCGUUUUGUUUUGCCAGGCACUAACUUGUUCCGGUCCUUGUCAGUUCGCCGCCUCAGCUCCGUGUCUACCAUUUUGCGUGUUCACUGUACCCUAACGAUUACUAUCAGUCACACUCGUGCUCAUACUGGAUUGGUGCACUGCUACUUCACAGUCUCUCCAAUAAGCUAUGGCGUCAUCAGUGCUGACUCCUCCAUCACUAUAGUUCAUGCACCGACAGCAAGGUACUCUUCACUUAAGCAACGGAUUUGCUUAGAACUGGUCCUUUGCUCUGCAGCUAGUGUGCUAUAAAUGCGUUUUGAUAGACUUGGAUCAGACUAGUCUAUUGACACCCCUGCUCUGCGUACCUUUGGCCCUUUUAUGCGUUUCAUUAUAGCUCGCGUGUUGCGAAUUUUACUAAGCUCCCUUACUAAGCAUUUCUUAUCUGUCCCAUUUAAUCGGCGCAUGGAUUCAUCACUCUUAAGUCGCAUCAUUCGACUCCCUCCAACAUCACUGAACAUGACACACUGUGUCUGGCAUGUGACAGUAUGAGUGACGCAAGGCGCAUUGUUGUUCGUCACAAAUUCUGUCUGAUAUAUUCCUUUUGUCCAUAUUAGUGUGUAUUUCUCGGACACGUGAGACGGUCCGGUGAACCUGGUCUGAUGAGUAUCUACAAGUUUCAUUGGGAACUUAGUAGACAAUGACUGGUCAAUUGCGAGGAAUUUCUGUUCACUUUGUUCCCAAUUAGCAGCAGAUAUUUCCUCUGAAAAUGCAUCAUUCUUUGGUGAUGAGUAUCAUAAUUUCGAGUGGAUUACGGUCCUGAACGCCGUAAAGGGAAGAUAUGCAAUGAACCUAAUUAGAUCGUAAACCAGGCAUUGCAAAUAUGUUGAAAAUAACUUACUUUUGUAUAAUGUGAAGAAAAGUUAUAGGGGUCUUGGAUACUACUUAGAGCAGGGUGGGUAUAGUUUGUGGAAAACUUUGACGCAUCCAUUCAGCAAUUGUGAAUCAAUACUAAAAGCGACGUUUUUGACUAACUUGUGUGGUAAGGAGAACAAGAACAUCAAUGUAAAAAGCGAAGCAUACUUGGAAUUAGGAUUGGACGAGUAAUCGAGCCACAAGGUCAACGAACUUUUUUCGACCUGUUGAACCGGGCUCGAAUGACGGUUGUUUUACUAGCGAAUAAUAAGACCAAGCAGAAUCGAAAUGGUAGGUUGAGAGACAACCUGGCUUGGAGUCUUAACGGGACUGUGUCCAACCUACUAACGUGUCGGGAAUUCACGAGCGAAUAGCAAGUGUGAAAACUGGUAGAACGAAGUAAAGUUGUAGGUGAAGACAUAAUUAACUUGAUUUUUGGAUCUAGCCAGCCACUUUGCUAGUGGUUCAACUAACGCAUCUUGGCAGUGGAAGGGCUGGAUAAGAUCUAUUAAAGCCUGGAUGUUCGACCUGCCGGCCAGAGGGACCGCAAGUCAACUAUAGGCCUUUGGAACAGGU